UACUUUUAAAGCAUUUGUAGCACUAAACUGAGAAUCAUUUUCGCUCCCAACAAAAACAGUUUUGGACAGUUUGUUAGGAAAUCGACUAAGGUACGUCUUAUUUAUGUAUUUUUGGCUCGAAUAUUUCAUUUGGAAUUACUAAUCAAACCAGUUGUUGAGUUACCUAAAAUUUGCAACGACAGGAAGAAAAACUCGCUCUUCUCUAUAUAUCCUUCAUAGAACGCAUAACAAUGACUCGAGUCAGUCUUCACACGGGAUACUUACUCAUACAUACAUGCAUCUUGGUUUCCCUGUGGGCAGCCAUGUCGGGGAAAAGGACAGCCAAGUGUGUCAUCCAAGUGGACCACGGACCAAAAAACGACACAGUGGUGAACUGUGACCAAAGAAAUCUACGCAUGAUUCCAGUUGAUCUCCCGAUUACUACAACUGUUGCUUAUCUCCGGAACAAUGACCUCAGGCGCAUAUAUAAAAAGCAGAUACAAUUCCUGUCGAAAAUGAGAAAGUUGUAUCUUGACUCGUGCAAUAUAUCAUAUCUGGAUAAGGACGCAUUUUACGGUCUUGAUCUUCUAGAAGUCUUGGAUUUGAGUAAAAACCACCUGCAUCAUCCUCAUGAACAAAUCUUUAAGUCGCUGAAGUCUCUAAUGACUCUUGAUCUGUCCUUUAAUAGAGACAUUUUUGGACCGUCACUUACAUCAUCUUUCUUCAGAAGUUUGCAUCGUUUGCGCAAAAUUAAUUUGGGAAAUGUUGGGUUGCAUUACAUCGCAGAGGGUGUAUUUGACACAAAUAUUGAUCUAAAAGAAGUUCAUCUCUUCGCCAACAGAUUCCAAAAUAUUCCAGAGGCUAUUUUCUCCAACCCUAGAAUCAGUUAUAUCGAUCUAUCUAAUAAUCAAAUACACGCUAUUUGCGUAAACAUCUCAACCAGCUUCUUUCGCGAAAAACUUAACCUGAGGUUGUAUAGUAAUCGUAUAUCCAAGUUAUGCAGAGCAGAUUUACAACCACUGUCAGUGUUUGGCCAACUCAGCCUGGAUGUGGGGCGGAACAACAUAACACAGAUAUGUGACAACACUUUUACAGACAUAAGGAAUAUCGGGGGACUUUCCAUUUCCUUUAAUCCUCUUUGCAAAACUACACUGGGGAACUCUACUCAUCCAGUCAGUGCAGUUAGCUGCAAAGCAUUUCAGAAUUUUACCUAUAGUUUAAGGAAGAGUAGAAUUUCUACCUUGAAUGCGCGACGUAUAGGCUUGUUCUUUGAUAAUCUAGAUCCGAUUACAUUCUUUCACCUUCAAAAUGCAUCUCUAAGGAAAUUAGAUAUAGGACAGAAUCAUUUAGGGGGUAUGCAACCAUUAACUUUUCAAAACCUCACCAAUCUUACCGAUUUAAGAUUAGAUAAUUGUGGGAUCAAGUCCUUUUCGCUAGUAGCUGCUUUAACGCCCCUCAGAAACACGAUUAAAAAGAUAGAUAUUAGUUACAACAAUCUGGAUACAAAUAUUCUUGUUGGUACAUUAAACGCAUGCCCACACUUAACUGAACUCCGUUUUAUAAACAAGUUGGAUUUCUUUCAGUUGCUUAAGCAAAUGCGUUAUUACGUGGAGGAUCACUUAAGUAUAAGGAGCUUGGAGUUUAGACCUAAUAAACCAAAGGGAAUUGAAUCUUUUGUCUUCAAAAACCUGUCGUCUUUGAAAGAGCUUACCGUCAAUGGCCUCAAUGGACUACCGUAUUUCCCUUUCAAUUUGAAAAAGCUAAAGCUUCAAGAUUUACAACAAUUACAGACCUUAGACCUGUCUGGAAACAAUGCAUACUUACAUUGUGAUUUACAGAACGCAGAUUACUUCAAAGGAAUGCCAAAUCUUCGAGAGUUACGCAUGGAUCGUAACAAGCUAUGUCUUACCAAUGCCUCCAUACUCAUCGUUAUGUUUCAAUCCCUUCACAAUGUAACAUAUGUAGAUUUAAGAAGUAACUCGUUAUCGGAACUACCAGUGGGAAUGUUUGACUCUAUGGUGCGCCUUAGAACUCUACUUCUCACAAAAAACAAACUGCUGACUAUUCCCAAGGGACUAUUCAGAAACUUGAAUCAACUCCACACCUUGGCACUCUCCUCUAAUUUCAUAUCAAACAUCCAAGAUGGUGCCUUCGAUGGCUUAGUAUCGUUACGUGUACUUCAAAUGGGCAACAAUGAGUUAAUCUGUGACUGCAAUAUACGGUGGUUUCAGCAAUAUUUUCAAAUACUAAACAAUGAGGAGUCAGAAGAGUUUUGCUUUGGUGCUACUACAACACACAAAAUUAAAAUAACUGAAUUUAAACCUGACUGGUGGCAGUGUGAUAACAACACGACGAAGGUGGCGGUCAGUAUCCUUGGGGCGGUACUAUUCAUGUGUUUUAUAGCUGGUAUUGUUUACUAUGCAAGAUGGGACAUUAGAUUCUCUUUGGUCGUCAGGUUCGGGUGGCGAUACUGUGCUAAGAUUCCACAACAUGAUGACAUCAACCUUGUGAAGAUAUUUGACGCCUUUGUUUCUUAUAGUUUACUAGACACGGCCUGGGUUGCUGCCGAGCUGAUCCCAAAUCUAGAAAAUGACGAACAAUUGAACUUUCGUCUUUGUACCCAUGAGCGCAAUUUACUUCCCGGCAACUCUAUUGUAGAAAGUGUUGAAGGAGCCAUGGACGGCAGUCACAGUGUCAUUUUCUGGAUUACUCAAAACUUUCUGGAAAGCGAGGUUUGUGAUUUUGAACUGAAUUUGGCCAAGACUAAGCUCUUUGGAAGGAGCAUUCGCUCGGUUAUUUUCAUAAUUGAAGAACGUUUUGAUAAAACCCAACUACCGCAGCCAAUGAGAAUUAUGAUACGACAUUGCCAAUGUCUUUACUGGCCAGAACUAAGGCUGCGCAAAAGGGACAUUUUCUGGAAAAGACUGAAGCUUGCCUUGUUGGAAAACAAACUAAAAGAUAAUUGAUUGGUUCUUUUGCAUGUCAGAACAUGGUGCCUUUGCUUUAUUUACCUUCUUUCUUUUUUAUUUGAAAACUGUUUUCAUACCAAACUGUUGGUAACUGCUAGCUUGAAAAGAGGUGGUGAGCUUUGUACUACAGAAAAGACAAUUGAUUGACUUUCGUUGCUGACGCACUUUAUAAAGUGAUUGUCACUUUUAUGCAGUGUACCGGCAUUAUAUUUAAAGUGCACAGUAUGCCUAUCUCUGAACAUUUGCGUUGACCACACGUAACACUUUUGUUGCGUUGUUUUUAGGGGAAAAAACGGGUCAGACAGAGAUGCCUUCGUUUGUAUGGAAAAGAAACUAAAUAGGAGUUUAGACAUUUUUUCUACAACAUAAUCGGACAGAAAUGAAAUAUUGUGGUCCAUUCUGCGAAGGGGGUAAUCUAUUAACAUUAUAUAGUGUUUAAAACAUUACACUGUGCACCGGUAGAUGGAGCUACCGACUGCGAUAGUAAUUUUAAAACUGAUAAUGUAUGUGGGAAACGCAUCGUAGAUGAGGACAUCUGUUGAGUAUA